UGAUUCUUCCUUGCUACACUCACGAUCGAACAAUCCAAUUUUUCACUUUUUCGCAGCUUUCUCUCGCUUCCUUUCUCAGUUCAUUCAUUAUCAACCCCCUCACCACUUUGGAAGACCCAUGGGGAACGUCAGUCAUGUUAGAAAACGGCAGCAUUGACUACUCGACGCUGCCUACACGGUAUCUCGAGUCCUAUCCCUACCCAUCCUUGGUACUUUUGGUCCCUAUACAGCCGCCUUCACAACCUUCUCAGGAAGAGUUGGACGAAUUUCCAUCGCCCUCGUUCAAUACAGAAGCACCCAAACCAUUUACACGUGCGGACCACGGAACAUCGCAGCCAUUCGACAUCGUUUGGGCGAAUGAAAAGUGGAGAAACCUGACCAAUGACCAGUCAUUGUUGAAUUGCCUCAAUGUGAGAGAAGCACGAAAACUUGGGAAUUGGAUUGGAGGUGUCAAAGAAGCUACAGGAAACGGGAAGGAGCAGAUCGCCCAUGUUGCAAAGGCUGUUGGUGUGGGGAUACCGGAAGCGCUGGCAAAAAUGAUUUCAAAUCAAUCAUCAUCGGAGUUCUCUGCAGCUCAAAUGCUUCAUUCGGCCGAUCCUGGACAAGGUCAAAUGCUUCAACCGCCAGAAGAUUUCUGGGCUCCUGAACAUCCCUACGAAGACCGCUCAACUAAAUCUGACCAUUUGUCCAACUCGAGUGAGUUGACAGGGAUUGAAGUGGAGGAAGGGAUGCAGAGCAACCCUGCGACAGUAACAAUUGAGCUAGUGAACCCCGGGACGGUGACUCUGGAAUUUACAAAGACAAUCGUACCCGUCACGAGAUUAGGUGCAGGCGGUUUAAAGGCGCCGAUGAACACGCAUUCUUUUGUGAUUAUUACAACUGUACCCAAGUCCCUCUUUGUACCCAACUCAUCGUUCCAGUCAAGCCCAUUGACUAGCCCCAAGCUGCAGGGAGUACAGGACGAGGCUGCCACGAAGUCCAAUUAUCCUCUUGCUAUUCCCAAGACCACUAUACUUUCACCCUCCCAAUCCCCGCCUCCUUUGCCGCUCAGUACUGCUCCUCAAUCAUCUCUUACGCCAAACCCUGAUCCAAACAACAUUUCAUCCGCAAAAAACUCUCCAAUCGAUGAGCUCAAGGGCCUUGGCAUCUUGUCGCCCAGCAAGAAACAUUCUGCGCCGUUGAUGUUCAAUGGGGAUGGUACAGUUAGCCGCCAGAUACAAGAGCUCGAAGCCAACGGGGAAUCGAGAACCAAUGUGGAUGUGUUAAUGGAUCAGACUGAUUGGUCGAAGACGCCACUGGGUCCGCCAGAACAGUGGUCGCAAAGUCUAAAGACCAUUGUGGGUUUGGUACUUAAUUACCCUCAUCAGUGCUGCCUUUGGUGGGGCGAAGAGCUUACCCUGAUUUACAAUGAGCCCUAUGCCCGAGCGAUUCACAAACAUCCAGACAUUUUUGGAAUGUCAGGCCCUGUUGCAUGGUCAGAGAUCUGGAAUUCAAUUGGUCCAUUGUCAGAACUAGUUCUUAGCGGUACUCCAAUAUGGAAGGAAGAUGAUUUCUUACUCUUCAAACAACUCCCUCAUCAAGGUGAGGGUGUCUGGGAAGAGUACCAUACCUGGAUGUGGGUGCCUGUUUUGCAGGAAGAUGGAACCUUUGGAGGUUUGUGGAAUGCAACUGUCCGUACCACAAAGAAAGUUUUGGCGGAAAGGAGGACUGCUACAGUACGGGAAAUGGGGCAGAGAACGUCGAUUGCGAGAACGAUGGACGAAUUCAAUGCUGCGGUAUGUGAGAUCUUAGAGAGUAACCCUCGAGAUGUUCCAUUUGCUGCUUUGUAUCGAGUCGAGCCUACUUUACCGUCAAAAGGGAAGGGACAGGGGACAAAUACUGCUGAAAUCACGAAGAGUGAUCCAAAUGAAGUCCAGGUUGACGUGACUCUGGUAGGAAGAGUUGGGAUUCCUGAAAACCACCCAUCUACCCCGUCUUCCAUGUCCUUCCCUAUUCGCCAGAGACGCGGCAGUUCCACCAACCGUUUCCCUCAGGGUCUCAAUAACUCCCCAGCAAUGUCCCUGAUUUCAUCCACUGGCGGAAUUUCUCAUAUCCCUCUGGGAGGUACUGGCGCGGGGGAGAGUGAGCCUCAUCCUACGCCCGAGCUCAAGCAUUGGCCUAUCCGAGAGGCGUUGCAGUGCAAGAGUCUAAUUCUGGUGGAAGACGUUGCUGGCCUCAUCAAGGAUUACCCCAUAAGGGUUUGGGAUGAACUACCGAACGCGGCGAUUGUGGUACCCAUCAGCAGUGAUUCAGAGGAAGGCAUACCAAGUGCAGUGUUGGUCUUAGGCCUAAACAUCAGAAGACCUUUUGAUGAGGACUAUGAGUCGUUCAUUCAUGUAUUGAGGUUGCAACUGGCGUCAGGUAUAGCGGCGGUCCGUUCUUACGAGGCGGAGAGACUAAGGCUAGACGAAUUAGCUGCAUUAGAUCGUGCCAAAAGUCUUCUGUUUUCCAACGUCAGUCAUGAACUAAGGACACCUCUGACCCUUAUCUCUGGUCCAAUCGAAGAUCUUUUAAUGGAGACCAAAAAUGGACCUAAGAAAGAGAUGCUGUUAAUGGCACGUCGUAACCUCCAUCGUUUAUCGCGUCUCGUGUCUACCUUAAUGGACGUUAGUCGACUAGAAGCUGGUCGAUUAAGAGGAACGUUUAGGCCUGUCAACCUGGGUAUCAUGACAAGAGAUUUGGCCUUGCUUUUCAAGGCCACGAUUGAGAAGGCCAAGCUCAAGUAUAUCAUCGAAGUAGAUACUUCUCCCGAAAACGUAUUUGUCGACCCUGAGCACUGGGAGAAAAUCGUUUUCAACCUGAUUGGUAACGCUAUGAAGUAUACGAUGACUGGUUUCGUCAAAAUUAAGCUCUAUUACUCAUCUGGCCAGGCGAUUCUUAUUGUGCAAGAUAGUGGUGUCGGUAUUCCUCGCUCAGACAUCCAUCUCAUCGGCGAGCGCUUCCAUCGGGUGCAAUCUGUCAGCAGGUCUCAUGAGGGAACCGGCAUCGGACUGUCGUUGACGAAAGAACUCAUCAGUCUCCACGGUGGCGCCCUCGAGAUUGAAAGCUUCACAGAGGAAGAGUCAAUUGACGGCUCACAUGGCUCAACAUUUAGAGUCAAGAUACCAAUUGGUAGUGACCACUUGCCCUUUGAGGCCAUUGAUACCGGUCGAAUGCCUAACAUGCCCCAAUUAACGUAUGGGCGGGGUUUGGUAGACGAAGCUAUGCAAUGGGUCCGAGAUCGCGAAACUGGCAGCGUGGUUUCUUCAGACGAAUCCAGCUCGGCCCUCACUGGUGAUUCAUCAGGAAUGGGUAGUAGCAAGCCGAUUGAUCCCAAUACACUCUACUUCCAGAAAGAGGAUGUGAUAAUGCUUGUAGAAGACUCCUCCGAUACAAGGCGUUACAUGAAGUCGAUCUUCAGUCAGUACUGCCAAGUCGUUGAAGCUCGUGAUGGCCAAGAAGCUUUGGAGCUCUGUCAUAAAUCGAUACCUAAUUUGAUAAUUUCCGAUGUUAUGAUGCCUCGCCUUAAUGGUUUUGAAUUCCUUGCGGCCUUGAAAGAAUCCAAGGAUCUCAAAAUGGUACCCGUAAUAAUGCUGACCGCUCGUGGAGCCGAUGAGUCCAAAGUUGACGGUAUUAUGGCUGGAGCCGAAGACUAUCUCGCGAAACCAUUCAGUGCUCGAGAGAUCGUAGCUCGUGCCCAUAUGCAAUUGCAACUUGGCAAGAAGCGUAGACAUCUCGAAGAAGCAUUUGAAGAACGAACAGCAGAGCUAAGAGCUUUGGCAGAGUUCUCCCCUGUCGGCAUCUUCCGAACGGACCAGAAUGGUAACAUCACGUUUGCCAAUAGCGCUUGGUACAAGGUGUCGGGUUACCCAAUGAAUGAACCGGUCGUCGACUGGAUUGAUGUUAUUAUUGCCCCACAUGAGCGCGAAGCAGCUAGGGCGUUUUGGAAAGAAGCCUUGACCUCGCGGGAAAAGUCUUUGAUGGGUGAUUGGGAGUAUACCAAUGGCCGUUGGAUCACUGUAACAAUCAUUCGUUUAGACGCAAUUUCUAAUGGAUCGGUCGGUCUCAAGGGGCUGCUUGGAUGUGUCACGGACAUCACGGAAAGGAAAGCUCAUGAGGAGUCGCAACGCCGUCAGGUGAUAGAAGCCGAGCAACGUAGACUGGAUGCUGAGGAAGCGAAGCGACAACAGGAAUUGCUCAUUGACAUCACAUCCCAUGAAAUUCGAAACCCUAUCAGCAGUGUAAUGCAGUGUUCCUCUCUAGUCAAAACCAACCUUCUGUCCUUGCAGGAACAGCUCCACAUCGCUAUGGAUAAUCACACGCCCUUCACUCCUACUCGCCAAUUGAUGAACAAUAUCGAAGAGGAUCUUGAAGCACUUGAGAGCAUCUACCAAUGUGGUCUUACUCAAGAAAGGAUCAGUAAUGAUGUACUUUCCUUGGGAAGAAUUCAGCUAGAUAUGCUUCAGAUGUUUGAUGUCGAAUUCGAUCUCUCAAAAGAGGCUCAAAGCAUCAUUUCAAUCUUCCAGAAUGAAGCAAGGAUGAAGAGAAUAUCGCUGUCUCUCAAGACUGGGGAUAACAAUAAGAACCUGGGAAUUCGCUAUGUCAAGGCCGAUUUGGUAAGGCUCAACCAAAUCACAACAAACUUACUGUCCAACGCUAUCCGUUUCACUGCCACCAGCUGUGAGUCGUUGCGAGUUAAAAGAUCAAGCGUUGUCGCUGAAUUCUUCAUCAAAGCUAUUCGACAUAUCGAAGUUCGAACCGAUAUCAGUUUUGAUCCACCUGAAGAAGGAACUUGUGCGGUAGCUAAAAAUGUCCUUUCUCAGCCUCCUGUACUUAAGGAUGAUAUGCCGAUCUUCGUCUUUCUCGAAGUCGCCGACACUGGUCCCGGUUUAUCCGAAGACGAAUGUCAAAAACUUUUCCAAAGAUUCUCACAAGUCUCUCCGAAAACUCACACCAUAUUUGGUGGCUCUGGCCUUGGAUUGUUUGUCUGUCGAAAAUUGGCUGAAUUAAUGGGCGGCAGCAUAGAAGUUGUCAGUGAAAAGGGCAAAGGCAGCACAUUCCGCUUCUACAUAAAAGCCAAGACAUGUCGAACGUCUCCUGCAACGGGUAAUGGUCUUCGAGCCAAUAUAAAGGCUCAGCGAAACACAGCACGAUACUUUGGCUUAAGAAGAAAACCUCAUGUCUUGAUUGUGGAAGAUAACCUGAUCAACCAAACUGUGCUGGCGAGGCAACUGAAGCAUUGUAAUCUGACUUGCGACGUGGCAAACAAUGGCCUAGAAGCCCUUGAGAAGAUCAGGAAAGUCUCAAGUAUGGAAAAUGAACCUGACGGCCAGGCGUUUGACUGUGUCCUCAUGGAUCUUGAGAUGCCUGUAAUGGACGGUCUCACUGCUGUUGGGCAUAUCAGAGAAGAAGAAAAUGCUGGAAAAUUGAAGAAAAACCUUAUCAUAGCUCUGACUGGUAAUGCUCGACAAGCGCAAAUCGACCUGGCGAAGGCGAGCGGGAUGGAUGAAGUCGUCAUCAAACCUUAUCGAUUAGAUGACUUACUUCAUAAGAUUGACGAAGUGAUAAAAAUUAGAGCGGCAGACGAAAACGAGGGAAUUAAUCAGGAGGUAGAAGUAGAAGCCAGGGCGGUAGAGCAAGCUCGGGAAAUUGCAAGGGCAGUGGAAAGUGGGACUGACAAAGACUGAACUAUAGAAGAGCGUCAUCCCUGAUUAUUUCCUUGUUGUAAUUAUUACAUCUUUACGCACAUCACACUUAUCCAUUCCCAAGCAAAAUGACUCCUAGAAAGGCUGUGUAAUACAUAUGCAUUCUAUAUAUGGCA